GGUGAGAGGCAGAGGAGACGGGUAACCAGUUUCAAGUUCUUCUUGUGGCUUUGAUUUGACUUUUCAGAAACGGACAGAAGACAGUGACAGGAGAGAGAUUGUUUUCCCUGAACGGGGUUGUCCAUACCCGACAUGAACACAAUGAACGCCCUGGCGUUUGGCGCUGUUCUGCUGUUAGCUGCAGUCGCGUCGACCUCAGGCGGCGGUAGCACCAGUCAAGUUGCUGAUAAUAAAGAGCGAUUCUCAUACAGCGGCGGAGGUGGUCUCACAGGCCUGAACGUCAAGCAAGGUGGUUUUACUCAGGUUUCCCACUCGACAAAAGAAAAGACUGUCACCACGGAGAAAGAAACUAGGAAGAGCAAAUCAAAAAAGCGGAAAGGCGGUAAGGUGUCUACUCAAGAGACUUCAAAGAAAGAAACUAACGGGGGCAAAGUGAAGAACCAGAGAGGCAAUACGCAAGAGACUUCACGAAAACGAAAAGGAAGGGGAAAGAAUAAAGGAAACGAAAAAACUGAAGUCAAACAACGAGAAGGAAAUCGCGGUCGAGAUGGAGAUGGCAAAGGAGAUCGUAAAGGAAGAAAGGGAAGUACUGAGACGGUGAUCAAUAAAGAAAGGAGCGGUGGUCGGCGUCGAAGUAAAAACAAGAGUGGUAAGGGAUCGACCAAAGGAUCGAGCAGUAAAAAGAGUGGAAGAAGAGAUUGGAAGAUGUCUAAAUGCAGAAGCGGGAGACGACAACAGGUUAUUGAGAAACUGGAUGAGAAUGAGAGUCUGGAAUAUGAGUUGACGACCUCUGCUGAAUCUUUUACCAUCCAGUUCUGUCGAAAGAGAGAAAAAGACUGCCUUGAGAUUGUUCUGAGCUCAUCUGGUGAAUCAUCCAUUAAGCUUGAUGGACAGGAUUUGGGCGAUCCCAUUUCGGACUUCUUUUACAAGAAAGGGGAGAAGUUCUCCUUCACUAUCACCUAUACAUCCCAGAGUGUGGUUGUGAGGAACAGCAAAUCAGGAUUAGAACUUGUUGCAUCGGUCGAUGGUGAUGAACUUAAGGGUUUCAGGUACUGCUAUGGCACUGCAAACGGAGGAGAAGGAGAUUCUACAUUCCAGAUAAGGGAACGUGAAUUUUCCGAAUCAGAGAUCUCAUCAUUUGAAAAGCGGUAUAGGGGCAAGGGAGGUAGAAAGAGGGGUGGAAAGAGAGAAAGGGGAAACGCCCAGUCACCUCAAGAAAGGAAGCGUGGCGGUAGGAAGAAAGGCGACAAAGACUCAAAGUCGAAUGAACUUUCCGGCGGCAAAAAGAGCAGAGGAAGAGAUAAAGGAUCGAAAAAAGACAGGAGCAGUAAAAAGAGUGGAAGAAGAGAUUGGAAGAUGUCUAAAUGCAGAAGCGGGAGACGACAACAGGUUAUUGAGAAACUGGAUGAGAAUGAGAGUCUGGAAUAUGAGUUGACGACCUCUGCUGAAUCUUUUACCAUCCAGUUCUGUCGAAAGAGAGAAAAAGACUGCCUUGAGAUUGUUCUGAGCUCAUCUGGUGAAUCAUCCAUUAAGCUUGAUGGACAGGAUUUGGGCGAUCCCAUUUCGGACUUCUUUUACAAGAAAGGGGAGAAGUUCUCCUUCACUAUCACCUAUACAUCCCAGCGUGUGGUUGUGAGGAACAGCAAAUCAGGAUUAGAACUUGUUGCAUCGGUCGAUGGUGAUGAACUUAAGGGUUUUAGGUACUGCUAUGGCACUGCAAACGGAGGAGAAGGAGAUUCUACAUUCCAGAUAAGGGAACGUGAAUUUUCCGAAUCAGAGAUCUCAUCAUUUGAAAAGCGGUAUAGGGGCAAGGGAGGUAGAAAGAGGGGUGGAAAGAGAGAAAGGGGAAACGCCCAGUCACCUCAAGAAAGGAAGCGUGGCGGUAGGAAGAAAGGCGACAAAGACUCAAAGUCGAAUGAACUUUCCGGCGGCAAAAAGAGCAGAGGAAGAGAUAAAGGAUCGAAAAAAGACAGGAGCAGUAAAAAGAGUGGAAGAAGAGAUUGGAAGAUGUCUAAAUGCAGAAGCGGGAGACGACAACAGGUUAUUGAGAAACUGGAUGAGAAUGAGAGUCUGGAAUAUGAGUUGACGACCUCUGCUGAAUCUUUUACCAUCCAGUUCUGUCGAAAGAGAGAAAAAGACUGCCUUGAGAUUGUUCUGAGCUCAUCUGGUGAAUCAUCCAUUAAGCUUGAUGGACAGGAUUUGGGCGAUCCCAUUUCGGACUUCUUUUACAAGAAAGGGGAGAAGUUCUCCUUCACUAUCACCUAUACAUCCCAGCGUGUGGUUGUGAGGAACAGCAAAUCAGGAUUAGAACUUGUUGCAUCGGUCGAUGGUGAUGAACUUAAGGGUUUUAGGUACUGCUAUGGCACUGCAAACGGAGGAGAAGGAGAUUCUACAUUCCAGAUAAGGGAACGUGAAUUUUCCGAAUCAGAGAUCUCAUCAUUUGAAAAGCGGUAUAGGGGCAAGGGAGGUAGAAAGAGGGGUGGAAAGAGAGAAAGGGGAAACACCCAGUCACCCCAAGAAAGGAAGCGUGGCGGUAGGAAGAAAGGCGACAAAGACUCAAAGUCGAAUGAACUUUCCGGCGGCAAAAAGAGCAGAGGAAGAGAUAAAGGAUCGAAAAAAGACAGGAGCAGUAAAAAGAGUGGAAGAAGAGAUUGGAAGAUGUCUAAAUGCAGAAGCGGGAGACGACAACAGGUUAUUGAGAAACUGGAUGAGAAUGAGAGUCUGGAAUAUGAGUUGACGACCUCUGCUGAAUCUUUUACCAUCCAGUUCUGUCGAAAGAGAGAAAAAGACUGCCUUGAGAUUGUUCUGAGCUCAUCUGGUGAAUCAUCCAUUAAGCUUGAUGGACAGGAUUUGGGCGAUCCCAUUUCGGACUUCUUUUACAAGAAAGGGGAGAAGUUCUCCUUCACUAUCACCUAUACAUCCCAGCGUGUGGUUGUGAGGAACAGCAAAUCAGGAUUAGAACUUGUUGCAUCGGUCGAUGGUGAUGAACUUAAGGGUUUCAGGUACUGCUAUGGCACUGCAAACGGAGGAGAAGGAGAUUCUACAUUCCAGAUAAGGGAACGUGAAUUUUCCGAAUCAGAGAUCUCAUCAUUUGAAAAGCGGUAUAGGGGCAAGGGAGGUAGAAAGAGGGGUGGAAAGAGAGAAAGGGGAAACACCCAGUCACCCCAAGAAAGGAAGCGUGGCGGUAGGAAGAAAGGCGACAAAGACUCAAAGUCGAAUGAACUUUCCGGCGGCAAAAAGAGCAGAGGAAGAGGGGGUGAAAAGAGAGAAAGGGGAAACACCGAGUCACCCCAAGAAAGGAAGCGUGGUGAUCGUAAAAAAGGCGACAAAGACUCAAAGUCGAAUGAAAAGAACAGAGGAGGACGACGUGGAGGAAGCAAGAAAGACUCUAAGAGCAGAAAGGGCGGACGAAAUCGAGGUCGUGGAAGAUGGGCACACCGGAGAGGCAAAUACUAUCGAUGGCGUACCGUCAAGGGUGCAGUGAAGAGGACACGCGCUGUGAGCUUUGACGAACGUCGGAGCGCCAUGUCUGUUUUUAUCAAGACCAAAGCAACUCGAUUCGUCUUAGAAUUCUGCCUGUCGUCAGGAGGCAAAGACUGCUAUACUGCUUCCCUGAGUUCACAGCGUGAUUCGGCCUCCUUCUUCGAGUACGGCGGCCAAAGAACGGGCGAUAGUCAAGAUGGAGCAUUCAUUCGAUUUAAACGAAGAACCAGAUUAUAUGUAUCAGUCUCACGUACUAAACUGACGAUCUACAAUGACAAGGGAGACGAUCUCUCAGUCGCUUUACCCGAGUCAUCAGUCAUCCAAGAUGUCUACAUGUCCACAUCAGAUGGGGACUGGACGAAGGUUAGAUUCCGCCUACGAAGAUCUGGUAGAACCCUUUACAGCUCCACUGGUCCUCUUGCUCGCGGUGCUGCCUUCGAAGAUAUUGGUUCUAAAGCAACGUCAUUCUCCUGUCUAAUACGCACCGUGGCCAGCGCCGUCACUUUCGAAAUUUGCUUCGAUUCUCAGGGAAAUGAUUGUUACACAAUCGAACUGAGCACGCAACCCAAACAGACAUCCCGAAUCCUGUAUGGAGGAAAAUUAGUGAGCAACGAAGAAAUUGGUAUUUUUAUUACCCCUAGCAAGGAGUCGAAAAUCUUCUUUCGCAUCGAGAAACGGCAGCUGGAGAUCUGGAAUAAGGAACCAAACAAUGAACGCCAACUCAUCGCUAAAAUCCGCGGAAAAGGUCGCAGUUUUAAUUCCAUUUGGGCCUCUACUAGUGAUGGUGAAUUCACCGAGCUUCAGAUGGUCGAGACUGAAGCCGUUAGAGAGUUUUCAUCCACGACUACUCUUGAGAGAACAUCGAUUGCCACUCAACUUCAAUUCCCAGGGCAACUGGUGUUAAGCUUUGCUCUCGAGGCUGACAAGGUCUUCAUGGAGUUUCGUCGCCCAGAUGGGAAGAGUUAUACGAUAGAAAUGGGUACGAAAGCAGGUCAGCCAUCUGUUAUUCGCAGUGGGGGUAGUAACCUAGUAGAUCCACAGGACCAACCAUUCCUCGAGUUUGGCAAUGACAUUGACCCACCUAACCAACUCGUCAUCGAUGUGUUCGAGUCUAGCGUGACUGUUUCUACUGCCCGUGGUCAAAAGAUGGUGGCACCUGUUGCAGAAGCUUAUCUCUACAACCAUUUCGACAUUUGGACGGUGGGUGGUGGUAUUGCUCUCGCUGUGGAAGAAAUCGAAGAUGAAGAUUCGAAAGAUUCUCUUGCAAGUAAGACAGAGAUUGAAGAAACAGAACAGGAAAUAGAAUCAGUAGAAGAGGAACUUAAGGGUAACAACCCCGGCGUUCAACCAGUGCGAAAACGAAAAGGAAAAACAAGCGGCAAAAGACGAGGAAAAACAGGCGGCAGAAGACGCGGAAAAGCUAAAGAGUCAAAAUCAGAUGACGACACAGAACCAGAAAACGAACCAGUAGAAGAGGCCAAGGGUGACAGCCCCAGCGUUCAACAAGAGCGAAAACGAAAUGGAAAAAAAGGCGGCAAAAGACGAGGAAAAACAGGCGACAGAAGACGCGGAAAAGCUAAAGAGUCAAAAUCAGAUGACGACACAGAACCAGAAAACGAACCAGUAGAAGAGGCCAAGGGUGACAGCCCCAGCGUUCAACAAGAGCGAAAACGAAAUGGAAAAAAAGGCGGCAAAAGACGAGGAAAAACAGGCGACAGAAGACGCGGAAAAGCUAAAGAGUCAUCAGAUGACGACACAGAACCAGAAAACGAACCAGUAGAAGAGGCCAAGGGUGACAGCCCCGGCAUUCAACAAGAGCGAAAACGAAAAGGAAAAAUAGGCGGCAAGAGACGAGGAAAAACAGGCGGCAGAAUACGCGGAAAAGCUAAAGAGUCACAAUCAGAUGACGACACAGAACCAGAAAACGAACCAGUAGAAGAGGCCAAGGGUGACAGCCCCAGCGUUCAACAAGAGCGAAAACGAAAUGGAAAAAAAGGCGGCAAAAGACGAGGAAAAACAGGCGACAGAAGACGCGGAAAAGCUAAAGAGUCAUCAGAUGACGACACAGAACCUGUUAUUGAACCAGUAAUACAGGACACAUUAGAAGAAACGAAACCUGUGAACAGUGAAGUAUUCGAAGAAUUGAAGGGUAACAACCCUGGCGUUGAAGUAAAGAGAACUAGAGGUGACAGAAUCAUAGACAAUCAAGAUAUUGAAGACACAACACAAGAGUCAUCUCUGACACCAACUCAAGUUCCACCAACAAUUGAGACAAUACGAAACACGGGAUCAACCGAUGAGCCAGAGGUCAAAGAGAAAGUUAGCCAGGACGUAGUAGAGCCGGUCGUGAAACCGUUCAACGAAGAACCUGAUAAGUCAGCCACUCUUGAGACCAACGUACUUGGCGUCGCUGCGUUCUUCGAUCAAACCUUGGAUAUAGAUCGUUUAUUACAGCUUCAGUUUGAUUUCAGUGUCACCAUUAACACCGGUUUCGCUAUCCUCUUGACACAAGGACAAAUUCUUAGGGGAGAUUAUUACUCAAUCGGUAUAACCGAGGGAAACGUCUACAUGGUCCAGCGAUGUAAUAAGGAAACAGCGGAAUGUAAUCGACUCUUCAGCAGGAAAAUUGAUCCACUUGGUGAAGGAACAGGAAUAUUCACGCUGAAGAUUCAGAAGAUCCUAAAUGGCAAUGUAGACCCUGAUGCUGAUGGAGCAUACUCCUACUGGUUUUCAUUGCUGUAUGAAGGAGCUGUGGUCGGAGAACAGGUGGAAGUACAGUAUCCAAAUACAUUCUAUAUUAGGUACAUUGGAUGCAUCUCCUACAAGUACGUGGCCACGUGGAAUCUCUUCUCUGUCGUCUCACCGGGUUCUACCCAGAGAUCCUCUGCAAUCAUACUCCGGAACGCCGAAGAAACAAGUAGUCUGGAGGUGAAUUCAUUUGAUCGCGAAGUUGUAUUCAGUGUCAAAGCCCAAGAUUUUUUGAUAAUUCGUCUUUACUCCGUUGGCGACGUCGUCUACACAAUCCUCGUUGGAGACGAAGGCAAUAACUAUGUUACGGGAUCGUCCGGUACUGGUGAUAAAUCUCCGGAUGACGCGUCGCGUCGCGUUGAAGGAGGUGUGUUAAGCUUGGCGGGCAAGCAGUACUACCUUUCUUGGCGAAACGGCAGGAUGAAGUUCGGCGAAACGGAGGAGGACAGCGAGGCGAUGAUGAAUUGGGAGAUUGGGGAAAUCUCGGUGACUAAGCUAGAAUUCAUUGCUGCUUACGACAGCUUGUAUCUCAUACACACAUACAAGUACUUCUACGUAUUUGGCGAUGUUUUGCAGGCGACUCAUGAUCGAAUACGGGCAACUUCUCUCACUUUCUUCACUCUCCGUCGCGAGCGUGGCGUGCCAUACAUCCACCUCAAGAUCAAGGCCUCUGGGACUGUCUUGAUUGCGCUCGCCAAAGACCAGGAGCUUUCUGAAUCCGACAUGGUUUUGAUCAAGAUGAGUUCCCGGAGGAUAACUCUCUCCACAUGCCUUGGUUGCGAAACAAUCUACUCGGUUCCGAUCCCUAAAGACCAAGCGGCCCUUCUAGAUCCGUCCUCAUUCCUUGAGUACCAGAUCACGUGUGAAGGCAACAGUCUGAAGAUCUUCUUAACCGGUCAGAAGGAACCCUUGCUGGACUAUGGUGGCAUUGAUCGAGACGCCCACUAUGGCUAUGAUGGCUUCGGAGGAACUAUCGGUAGCAAUUAUCACAUCAAGCUCAACCAAGGAACGAUCUACAGAGAGGAGCAUUGUCUUGACGUCAACACCUUCUUGGGUGGAGGAACGAAGCUUCUGAAGAUCGUCCACUCUGACCAGAUGAUUGCUUUAUUUGAUGCUGAGAAACAGCUCGAGGCAGAGCUUGCCAUGGAAGAUACGAAGACGGAGCUGCGUACUACCCGUGGUGGCGAGGCCGUUCAGAUAAGCCAAAGUAGUAGUUGCAUCUUCCACGCUCCCUACACUCUAGUCUGGAUGGACUUCAGCGGUGGGGCUAUUCGGUAUGGUACCUACGACGAGGCGAAUCGCCUGAGAAGUGACCCGUGUAUCACCUACGACCUCGGUGAUGAUCAGGAGGUCAAAUACAUGUCGUUUGGUCAACAGCAUUCCUCGUGGGAUGUUACACAUCACGUGAUUGAGAAGAGGAUUGUGUACAAGGAGUUGGUCUCCCAUGUACAAGAGCCUUAGACAUACCCUUCAAAGCAACCACCACUUUAAUUUGUGCCUGUAGUAUUUUUAUGUUAACUUUGGUUAAGAGGGAAAGGUAUUACCUGUUACCAAAUAUUAAAAAGAAGCAUGCUGAAACUAUUUCUCAUGGAUAUCAUUUUUUUUUCAUCUAAAUUCAUUAUCAAAAAGUCAAUAUUUUCCUUACAUUAGGCAAAAUCAUAAUUAUUUCUUGCAUCACUUACCAAUUAAAAGUAAACUUUUCCUCUUAUUUCUCCUUUCCUUGGCAAAGGCGAGGAAGAAUUUGAAUAUCGAAACAACUGAAAAGAAAACAAGCAAAACAAUUUAUAAAGGCAUGCUAAUGAUUCUAUUAAUUAAAAUUUAUAUUAACAGUGCCUUACAAAUAUAAUGUAUACAUUUCACGAAUAUAAAUGCUAAUAUGCUAUCAAUUAUUUUCACUUUUUGGAGUGGUGUGUUGCUAACGGCUUGAAAUGACAAUGACUUAAUGGCAUAUCUAUGAAAUUUCAUUAGUUUGUAAACUUUUGAAAUUAGUAUUGUAUUAAUAAGUAAACUUUAAUGAACAUUUUUAAUUAAGACUUAUUUGCGUAGUAUGUAAUACAUUCAAGUUUUUAAAUGCUAUAAAGAUGUGCAAUAACUUAAAGAAGAAAAUUACAGAAAGGUAAUAUCGGCUCGGUGUAAAAAAUAUCAGAGGUGAAGAUGUCAGAGGUAAAUAUGUCAGAGGUAAAGAUGUCACAGGUAAAGAUGUCACAGGUAUAGAUGUCAGAGGUAAAGAUGUCAGAGGUAUCUCUCAAAGACAUGACAAGAAAAAUGAAUCAUGGGGUAGUAUAUUUUAGUGUAUUGUAUAUUUCUGAUCUUAGGCCAAUGGCUUAUAUUCGUAAGUUUGACAUGUUAAAGUAAUUUGUAAGGGAAAUUUGCUUAAGUUUUAUCCUGAAUGUAGAUCUAUAAAUUAUCUUCUAGAACAGGGGUUCUCAAACUUUUUCCUUGACGGUCCAGAUGUGAAUUUUAUAAAAGGGUCCGAAACAUGGGAUACCAUUUGCGCAAAAAUUCUUCCGGUCAUUCGUAUACGUUAAAU